AUGCCACGUUUGGGCCCUGGUGUUGGUGGCGUUCCCGGUGGAGUUGGUGGGCUUCCCGGUGGAGUUGGCCCUGGUGGUGUUACUGGUAUUGGAACUGGUCCUGGCACCGGCCUUGUACCUGGUGAUCUUGGAGGAGCAGGGACACCAGCUGCUGCCAAAUCUGCUGCUAAGGCGGCUGCCAAAGCCCAGUACAGGGCUGCUGCUGGGCUUGGGGCCGGUGUCCCUGGACUUGGGGUUGGUGCUGGUGUCCCCGGAUUUGGGGCCGGUGCUGGUGGAUUUGGGGCUGGUGCUGGUGUCCCUGGAUUUGGAGCUGGAGCAGUUCCUGGAUCCCUGGCUGCAUCCAAAGCUGCUAAAUACGGAGCAGCAGGUGGCCUUGGAGGGCCUGGAGGACUUGGUGGGCCUGGAGGACUUGGUGGGCCUGGAGGACUCGGUGGGCCUGGAGGACUCGGUGGUGUUCCUGGUGGAGUAGCAGGAGGUGCACCUGCUGCUGCCGCUGCUGCCAAAGCUGCCGCUAAGGCUGCCCAGUACGGUAAGCAAGAGUUCAGCUUCCCUGGUCCAUCCCUGAGCCCCCGGGGCCUAGCCACUUCCUAG